GCCCACUGCGCACGCGCGUCGCACCAGGCGGCUCAGACACGGCGAGUAGAGCGUCGAGCGGGACGGGUGGGCGGUGCAGAGUUCCGAGCUGCCCGUUGCCUAACGGUCCGCUUCCAAGGUGGUCCCGGUGCGGGGAGCGACUCUACGGGAACUGGAGAAACGCUUGGCCUGCUCCCGACCUGCUCAGCCAGGAGAUGCUGGAGUUUCUGAAGCGCCCCGUCGUGGUGACCGCUGAGGUCAACCUGAGCGUCGUGGCCCUGGCCGCAGCAGGGCUCCUGAGCCGGCUGUGGCAGCUCGCCUACCCGCGGGCCGUGGUUUUUGACGAAGUGUAUUACGGGCAGUACAUCUCUUUCUACAUGAAACGCGUCUUCUUCCUGGAUGACAGCGGACCACCGUUUGGCCAUAUGCUGCUGGCGCUGGGAGGUUACAUGGGAGGAUUUGAUGGAAACUUUAUGUGGAACAGAAUUGGCGCAGAAUACAGCCCCAACGUGCCCGUGUGGUCCUUGCGCCUGCUGCCCGCACUCGCCGGGGCCCUGUCGGUCCCCCUGGCCUACCAGAUCGUGGCCGAGCUCCACUUCUCGCACUGCGCCGCCAUGGGAGCCGCUCUGCUGAUGCUCAUCGAGAACGCCCUGAUCACCCAGUCCCGGCUCAUGCUUUUGGAAUCGCUUUUAAUAUUUUUUAACCUGUUGGCCGUGUUGUCCUACCUGAAGUUCUCCAACUCCCAGAAACACAGCCCGUUCUCUCCGGCGUGGUGGUUUUGGCUGACACUGACUGGCGUGGCGUGUUCGUGUGCCGUGGGCGUCAAGUACAUGGGUGUUUUCACGUACCUGCUGGUGCUGGCCGUCGCAGCCGUGCACGCCUGGCAGCUGAUUGGCGACAAGGCUCUGUCCCAUGUCUGUGUGUUCUGUCACCUGCUCGCCCGCGCCGUGGCCUUGCUGGUCCUCCCGGUGGUCCUGUACUUGCUGUUCUUCUACGUCCACUUGCUGCUGCUCUACCGCUCCGGGCCCCACGACCAGAUCAUGUCCAGUGCCUUCCAGGCCAGCUUGGAGGGAGGACUUGCGCGCAUCACCCAGGGCCAGCCGCUGGAGGUGGCCUUCGGGUCCCAGGUCACCCUGAGGAGCGUCUCCGGCAAACCCUUGCCCUGCUGGCUUCACUCUCACCAGAACACCUACCCCAUGAUCUACGAGAACGGCCGAGGCAGCUCCCACCAGCAGCAGGUGACCUGCUACCCCUUCAAAGACGUCAACAACUGGUGGAUCGUGAAGGACCCCGGGAGGCACCAGCUGGUGGUGAGCAGCCCCCCGAGACCCGUGCGCCACGGAGACCUCGUGCAGCUGGUCCACGGCAUGACCACCCGCUUCCUUAACACGCACGACGUGGCGGCCCCGCUGAGCCCCCACGCCCAGGAGGUGUCCUGCUACAUCGACUACAACAUCUCCAUGCCCUCCCAGAACCUCUGGAGGCUGGACAUCGUGAACAGGAACUCUGACACGGAGAUCUGGAAGACCAUCUUGUCGGAGGUCCGCUUCGUGCACCUGAACACGUCUGCCGUCUUAAAGCUGAGCGGGGCGCACCUCCCGGACUGGGGGUUCCGGCAGCUGGAGGUGGUCGGGGAGAGAGUGUCCCGGGGCGAGAGCACGGUGUGGAACGUGGAGGAGCACCGCUAUGGCCGGAGCCAGGAGCAGAGGGAGAGGGAGGUGGAGCUGCACUCCCCGACUCAGGUCGACAUCAGCCGGAACCUCAGCUUCAUGGCCAGAUUCUCGGAGCUGCAGUGGAGGAUGCUGACGCUGAGAAGUGACGACUCGCAACAUAAGUACAGCUCCUCCCUCCUGGACUGGGUCACCCUGGACACCAACAUCGCCUACUGGGUGAACCCCCGCACCAGUGCCCAGAUCCACCUGCUGGGGAACGUCGUGGUCUGGACGUCGGCCGGGCUCGCCACCCUGCUCUACGCCCUGCUCUUCCUCUGGUACCUGCUGCGGCGGCGGCGGAACAUCCGCGACCUCCCCGAGGACGUGUGGCUGCGCUGGCUGCUGGCCGGGGCUCUGUGCGUCGGGGGCUGGGCCGUCAACUACCUGCCCUUCUUCCUGACCGAGAAGACGCUCUUCCUCUACCACUACCUGCCCGCGCUCAGCUUCCAGCUCCUCCUGACCCCGGUGGUCCUGCAGCACGUGCGGGACCACCUGUGCAGGUCCCCACUGCACAGGAGCCUGUUCAGCGCCCUGGUCGUGGCCUGGUUUUCGUCCGCAUGCCACGUGUCCAGCACACUGCGCCCACUGACCUAUGGAGACCGGUCGCUCUCCCCAGGUGAACUCCAGGCCCUCCGCUGGAAAGACAGCUGGGACAUCCUGAUCCGGAAACACUAGCAAAGCGAGGUGGUGGCAAAGAGCCGGUGUGCUGGGUGGGGACGAGCAAGGAUGGGCUCACCUGGAGCGUUGAGCACUCGGCCUGCCCGGGCUGGCAGCCUGCGCGGCCCUGCUUCCUCCUGCAGUCGGCAGGGCACCCUCAGCCAAGUUCACUCCAUGAAGAACCGGGCCCGCCACAGCCUCUGACGCUGGCGGCCAAGGACCGCCCCAGGCAGCAGGAAGGAGGGGACCCGGUCGGCCGGAGCCGCCUCGUGAACCCGCGGGACCCAGCACUCCUAGCCCUGCCGUGAGGCGCACGGAGCGCCCUUGGCCCCGUGUGGCUGCAUCCUCCCAGGUGGCGUCUCCAUCUUCAGUGGUCAAGCUUGGUCACCGUACAUUUCUUUGCCCCAAAUUUGCCAAUUUUUAUAUAAAUAAAAAGGACAAAUUGCCAUUCGUA